AUGUCGGACGAGGUUGUAGCUCUUGUGGUUGACAAUGGCAGCGGCAUGUGCAAGGCAGGGUUCUCUGGCGACGACGCUCCCCGAACAGUCUUUCCUUCCAUCAUCGGGCGCCCGAAGAUGCCGGGCAUCAUGGUCGGCAUGGACCAGAAAGACCACCUCGUCGGAGAUGAGGCGCAGGCUAAGCGUGGUGUCCUGGCCCUCAAGUACCCUAUCGAGCACGGCAUCGUGACGAAUUGGGACGACAUGGAGCGAAUAUGGCACCACACUUUCUACCACGAGCUGCGUGCAUCGCCUGAAGAACAUCCGGUUCUGCUGACAGAGGCGCCGCUGAACCCAAAGGCCAAUCGUGAGCGCAUGACUCAGAUCAUGUUUGAGACGUUUGGAGUGCCGGCGAUGUAUGUCGCCAUCCAGGCAGUGCUCUCGCUGUAUUCCUCCGGCAGAACCACGGGCAUUGUCAUGGAUUCGGGAGACGGCGUCUCUCACACCGUGCCUAUCUACGAGGGAUAUGCGCUUCCACAUGCAAUCGCACGCCUGGACCUAGCUGGCCGCGACCUUACCGAAUACUUGAUGAAGAUCAUGAUGGAGAGUGGCUACUCCUUUAGCAGCAGCGCCGAGCGAGAGAUUGUGCGGGACAUCAAAGAGAAGCUCCAUCAUGAUUGGUUAAGUUUUUUGGCAGUUGCAGUGCGCAGGAAGCUUUGCUACAUCGCCCUGGACUUUGACAGCGAGAUGAAGUCUGCAGCGGAGAGUAGCGACAAAGCGAAGACGUAUGAGUUGCCAGAUGGCAACAUCGUCUCCUUGCAAAGCGAGCGGUUCCGCUGCGCGGAGGUGCUGUUCCAGCCCAGCUUGGUGGGCAAGGAG